AUGAAUGACAGCCUAUUUGUCAGCUUGGACAGACUUUUGCUAGAAUUUGUUUUCCAGUAUGAUCAAGACAUAAGAACUAAAGAGGAUAUGGUUCAACGAAUUAAUAAAUGCUUUGAAGAUAUUAAAGAAAACAAAAAAAUUAUUUGUAAGAUACAUGAAACUAUAAAUACAACAGAUGAAGAAAUUGGUUAUUACUGUAAACAUAGUAAGGAGAUCAAAGACACCUGUACUAACUGGAAGCCAACAUGUGGUGUCUUUCAUAAACAUGAAGAUUAUAUGCAGAACCAAUUUACAGUUUAUCAAGAAACUGUUGAAAAAGACAAAAAAAUGUACCAUAGCUAUGUAUGCCAGUAUAAAGAUGUUUUGAAGCAAUACCAACUAAAAUAUUCAGAAGCACCUUUUUCACGUGAAUAUUAUGAGAAGAAAACAGAACAUGAAAAAAUUCAGAACAGAGUAUUGGCAUGCUCUGAACAACUAAAAAUGAAUGAAACUAUUUUUAUGGAAUUUCUAGUGCCUGCUCCCUUUCCAUCACUUACUAAAUGGACAUUACACAUGGUUAAUAUGAGAUGUAAAACACAAGAAAUUCUUAAACUUGCCAAUAAUUUUACCAGAAGCUCAUCCGAAUUGGAGAAAGAAGUAGAUGAAAUGGAAAUGGAAAUUAAUUACUUAAACCAGCAAAUUGCAAGACUUUACGAAACUAAGAAUCUUUCAGAAACUUUGAAAGAAAAGAAUAACAUUAUAGAAAAGAGAAAGGAAUUGAAAGAAAGAAUAUUUGAAAAAGAUGAACAGGGACUUGUAUUGGAGAAAAAACAUCAGAACAGUCAAUUAUUUCUUCCUUACGAAUCUCAGAAAUUCAUCAGACCAGUAAAGAUGCAUUCUUCAGAACUGAGAGUUACAGAUAAAAAAGAAGAAGGUUCUGUGAAACUCGCCAAUGUUGACUUCGGACAAAAAGAAAAUGAUAGACAGAUAUUUAAUGACUCUGCUGUGAAUAACCAUUCAAAGUGUUCACCUGUUCCAGCUAUUAAAAGUUUACAAAAUUUCAUGCAAUUCAGAUUGUUAACCCCACAGAAACAAUCAGAUUGUCAUCAGUGGUUUGAAAAAGGAGAUACAGAUGCUGAAUGUGGUGGUAAAGAGACAGUAAGAAAAUUAAGGGAGUCAAAAUGUACUUCAAAAGCUAUAUAUUCAGAACACUUUGGGAAGCCAGUAGAAAAUAAAAAUAAUGAAGUAGAAGAAAGAACUGAGAAUUUUCCAAAAACUCCUGAAAUUCCUCUAUCUUUAAGAACUCCUGAAGCUGUGAAAACACCUGAAUCUUUGGAAAAAUUGCAGUUUCCUAAAACACCCUCAUUUGAAAUUAACAGAAAUAGAAAUAUAGUACCUGAAAGUCAAACACAAAAGGAAUCCCCUGGAUAUUCUUUUCUAUCAAGUUAUACUUCUAGAUCACCUGGAUUGAAUUUAUUUGAUUCUUCUAUAUUUGAAUCAGAAAUCUCAUCAGAUCAGUUUAAUGAACGUUAUUCUGGAGCAAAUUUAAAUUCUCUUUCAUCACAACAAGAAAUUGGAAACUUAUUUGGGAAAUCAGAAGGAGAAGAUGCUUUUACAUUUACUUUUCCAUCAGACUCGUCAACUCAUACAUUUGUAGCUGGAAAAGAUGAUUUUAGUUUUCCGUUUUCAUUUGAACAGGAUCAAAAUGUCACAUAUUCUUCCUCUUUAAAAAGUUUUCCGUCUUCCUCACAAAAUACAACACAAUUUCCUUUUUUUUGAACUAGUUACUAAUUUCUUGAAUUAUUUUACUGUUCUUAAAUUAUUUGCAGUGUAAAUUUACAUUAUUAUUAAAACAU